AAGGCAUCAGCCACAGGGGCCACCGCCGGGCGGUGGCAAAAGUGCUUGUUCGGGCAGUAUUAGCGAGAGGGCUGCAACCCUAUGCGCCCCCAAACGGGCCGCCGUGGGUGACGCCGUCGAGAAUUCCCUUCAGCGCUCGCCAUCUCCACGAGACCACCUUUUUGCUUUCACCCUCAAGCAGGCCAUCUCCAUCAGCGCUUCAUUCAACUCCCUUCGCUGAUCGACUUUUUGUCUCGUCAAGAUGGUUCUCGCGGUCGACCUCCUCAACCCCGCGCCUCAGGCUGAGGCCCGCAAGCACAAGCUCAAGACCCUUGUGCCUGCUCCCCGUUCCUUCUUCAUGGACGUCAAGUGCCCCGGCUGCUUCACCAUCACCACCGUCUUCUCCCACGCCCAGACCGUCGUCGUCUGCGCUGGUUGCUCGACCGUCCUCUGCCAGCCCACCGGUGGUAAGGCCCGUCUCACUGAGGGCUGCUCUUUCCGCCGCAAGUAAACGUCUCGACGCAACCGUGCCGGAGCGAUGAUGAAAGCAAUGUGGCGUUCUUCAAUGAUGAUGGAUUAUAAUAUCUCGUUUUUCUGAGGAAACAGAUUCAGAUAGAAGAUGGAAUCCUCGCCCCUUGCGAGAAAGCCCUGCGGAACCACACAGACAAGGGAAAUGAAAAAAAUUUUUGACCAGACACAGAACC